AUGGCGGUAGGGAUAGGCAGAAAUAGCACAUCGUCACCAAUGCUCAUGACCGAACUUAUAAUUGACACCGCGAGUGGCUUCACAUGGCUACAAGGUUUCCCUUGUGACUCCUGCUACGAACAAGGCAACUUCCCAUACUACAAUAGCUCUGCCUCAAAAUCCUUUGAUCCUGUCUAUUGCACGGAUGAAAUAUGUCAAAUCGCGCCUUAUGAGGCUCAUGUCGGGUGUAGUGAUGACUUAUCACAACCUUUAUAUGAACGUUGUUCCUACAAUGUUCAAUAUUAUGAUGGGACUAACUCGAGUGGUGUCAUAGGUACCGAGACAUUUUACUUCUUAGACACAUCUUUGCUUGGGAAUGUGCAUUUGGAGUUUGUACCAUUUGGGGUUGGUACGUCAAAUUAUUUUACUAGCCGAAAAUUAUCUUCUCCUGGAGUGGCAGGAUUUGCUCGCGGAUAUGGAACCUUACUCGACAAGCUAGGAGUGAAGAAAUUCUCUCAUUGUUUUCCUCGCGAAGAGGAUGACACUGGCACAAUGAGUUUUGGUGAUGAAGCUAUGAUCAAGGGGGUUAAAUUAGCCUUAAAUGGUGAAUCUGAACGAUAUGAGGCACCCUUGACAAAUUUGUACGUGUCAGGAGAGCGCGUUGUGGUGGAAUAUGACUAUGUCUUGCCCGCGAACAUGGUGUUUGACACGGGAACUAGUUGGACUUAUCUAACCGCGGAAAUAGUUGAUGCAAUUGUUGGUGUCAUCAAGAAUGUACUAAGAAAGUAUCAACCUCGGAAAUGGGGUGAUAAUGAGCUUUGCUACAACAUGACCGAUUUAAGUUAUGUUAGCUUGGAUGAGGUAGCUAAGGUCACUUUUGAGUUUAACUAUGCAACUAGGAUUGAUCUCUUCUCCUAUAACCUUUGGCUUCGAAUCAAUGAAAUUAAUUUGAUUUGCUUAGGAUUUGUUAAAGGUGAGGAAAAUGUUUUUGGUAACAACUUAAUGAGGGAGAUGAAUAUAGGUUAUACACUUGAUAAAGAUGACUUUGCUAUGUAUUUCAAUCGUCAGCAUUGUUUGAAAUGA